AUGGACACCAAAAGUACUAGCGCCCUGGUCACGGACGUACGUUUCGAGCACCAUCGACCUCAAUACACCUUGGGGCAGGAUAACCCUAGGCCUAGGAUCUCUUGGCGAAUUUCCAGUUGUCAAGAUACUCCUUUCUCUCAGUCAGAAUACGAAAUUGAAGUCUACCUUAUUCUUCCAACCCCUCAAUUGUCUGGUGGCAGAGCUGCCACGGACAUCCGCGUCUUAUUAGUCGCAGCCAGAUCAAAGUCUUCGAAGACACAGCUGGUCCCUUGGCCUUGUGAGGCUGAUCUGAAGCCAAGGGAUAGAGUUUCGGUACGUGUGAGAGCCAGGUCAGCAACUCACCAAGUUACUGCUUGGAGUGAUGAAGCUGUAUACGAGCUUGGUCUAAGCACAAGAGACGAAUGGCAUUGUUCAAGAAUCACCUCGGCGCAACUUGCAGAGUCCACCGCCUCAUCGCAGCGGGAGCAAGUUUUUCGCAAGAGUUUCACGAUUCGGUCAGAUGCAACAAUAGCACGCGCUCGGCUAUACGUGGUUGUGCAGGGCGUUUACACGGCUGAGGUCAAUGGCUAUAAAGUCAGCCACGACUUGUUAGCUCCCGGUUGGACGGUAUACGACAAUCGUAUACGUUAUCAAACCUACGAUAUAAAGCAUCUACUGGUAUCAUCUGCUCAAAGUUGUGUCGGAUUCCGUCUCGCUGAUGGGUGGUUUUGUGGCCGGUUAGGAUUCUUUGGCGGACGACGACGUCGGUGGGGCUCUUAUCCGUCUCUGAUGGCCCAAUUAGAGAUUAUAUACAGCGAUGGAGCUUCUGAGUCAGUGUGUUCUGAUUCUAGCUGGUUCUCACAGCCUGGCCCUGCUUUAAAGGCGGAGAUUUAUGACGGAGAAAAGUACGACGCCAACUCCAAGAUCUGCAGAUGGUCAGAGGACCUUUCCAAGGCGAAUUCCGUCUUUAUGAGCUCCGGUUGGGAACGAGUCGCAGUAUUAGAGCCUUUGCCUAGCUCAGUCAACAUCACAGCAGGCUUUUCAGAACCAGUUCGCCCUAUUCAGGCUCUGGCACCUGUUGAUCUAAUCACAACUCCGAAGGGCAAGAAGGUUAUCGAUUUUGGCCAGAAUCUUGUCGGAUUUGUGAGACUUAAGGAUAUAUCAGGACCCAAAGAUAGCCUGAUCUCACUGAGACAUGCCGAAGUGCUCGAGGAUGGUGAACUAGGUCUCCGACCACUCCGUAUCUGUGAAGCCAUGGACCAAUAUGUAUUUGAUGGUGGUCCUGCGACCUCGUGGGAGCCUACCUUCACUUACCAUGGCUUCCGCUACUGCCAGAUUGAUGGCUUAUCUGAGACAUUUAAUAUCCUAGGCUCUAUCGAAGCUAUCGUCUGCCAUAGUGAUAUGGAGUUGACAGGGUUCUUUACUUGCUCGGAGCCAAGGCUGAACAAGCUCCACGACAACUCACUUUGGAGCAUGAAAGGGAACUUCUUUUCAAUACCGACUGAUUGUCCUCAGCGCGACGAACGGCUGGGAUGGACUGGCGAUAUUGCUCAAUUUGCCCCAACCGCUGUAAAGCUCUUUAAUUGUGUUGGCUUUUUGAAGGACUGGAUGGUCGAUGUUGGACAUGAUCAGUCCAGACGCAACGGCGUCCCACCCUAUGUAACACCUGACAUUCUAGGAGAUGCCGGAAUUUGGAGCCUCAUCCUGCCAGUUGCCAUCUGGCAUGAUGUCGUCAUUCUUGUGCCUUGGGCUUUGUACGAAGCUUCAGGGGAUGUGGACAUCCUUCAAGAAAACUAUGACAACAUGAAGAGAUGGAUUAAGUCCAUUCCUCGGGACGAAGAUGGCAAGCAGAUGCUCUGGAAUAGAACCUCUUUCCAACUAGGUGACUGGCUUGACCCCACUGCACCGCCUGACCAACCCAUGGACGGCCAGACAGAUCCUUUGCUGGUUGCUGACGCAUUCUUGGUCCAUUCACUUGACUUGAUGGUAUCCAUUGCCACCGUUCUCAACCGGGAAGAAGAUGCCCAGGCGUUUGCUCAAGAGUCGACUACCUGCCGCCGGCAGUUCAGUUCCGAAUACAUCUGCCCUAGUGGCCGUAUGAGCUCCGAUUCUCAAACAGCCUACACGUUGGCCAUAGUGUUUGAUCUGUUGCCAAGUGAUGAGCAGGUAUCAUUUGCUGGGCGGCGGCUCGCCACAAUCGUGCGCCGUAACAACUUCAAAAUUGGCACUGGGUUUGCUGGCACCCCAUACCUUUGUGAGGCACUCAUGCGUGCUGGCCAUGGCUCUGUGGCAUAUGCAACCUUGCUCUGUGAAGAAUGCCCUUCAUGGCUUUAUCCCCUUACAGUUGGGGCUACGACUAUGUGGGAGCGGUGGGAUAGCAUGCUGCCUGGUGGCAAGGUGAAUCCAGGAGAGAUGACGUCUUUCAAUCACUACUGCUUUGGCUCCGUCGUCUCUUUUCUCCACGAAAGGCUCGGGGGCCUUCAGCGUGUCGAACCAGGUUGGAAACGGUUUCGCUUUGCUCCCCAGCCUGGAGGCGGUAUAACGUCAGCACAUGUAAAGCAAUUGACUCCUUAUGGAUGGGUUUCAGGCCAAUGGAAGGUCGAAGACGGGGGCCUGAAAGCUGAGUUGGACAUUCCAAACAUGACGGAAGCAGAAGUUGUGCUGCCAUUUGCUGCAGGAGACACAACAGUCGUACUAGGCGGUGGCCACUGGUCAUUUGUAGGCGAGUAUCGUGACCGUAUGUUAUGGCCGGUCGAAGCCAUCGCAGCCUUUCCCAGUCUUGAACCUCCAGAUAGGCAGAAGUGA